GUGACACCACUUGUUGGGGUUUUGUUGGUGUUUUUUUCUCCUCUUCCAGAAACACUGGGAUACCCAUGUUGCAGAAUAAACCCCCCAACCCCUUGUAAUGCCUCUCCUUCCAUGUCACCUAUUUUUUCAGUGGGUAGCAGAGGGCUAAAUGUCCACUUGAAAAUGAUGCAACAGCUUGUUUGUGGAGACCUUGAGGCAUGUUUCUUUCCAAGAGCAUGACAAAGGUUCCCAUUUUGAAAGCCAUUAGAAGAUAUUCUGCCACCCUAUUGGAUUACUUCUCUACAACUCAGCAUGUCCCUGUGCCCUGGAUUUUAUAAGGUGGCCAUGAUUUAAUCCCCACUUCCAAUUUCUAUGUAUUGGUGAAACAUUGGAGCUCUUUAGAGCUGCUGGGACUUGCGUGGAAACUGUUCCGGCUCCAAUCCCUUCUCCAAAGGACUUGACGUCACCAGCAAUGAGCUCCCAAAGCCAUCCAGAUGGGCUUUCUGGCAGAGACCAGCCAGUCGAGCUGUUGAAUCCACCUAGAGUGAACCACAUGCCUAGCUCUGUUGAUGUGACCACAGCACUGCCCUUGCAAGUUGCACCGACUUCAGUCCCAAUGGAUCUGCGCUUGGACCACCAGUUUUCCAUGCCCGUGACAGAGCCGACGCUGCGGGAACAGCAGCUGCAGCAGGAGCUCCUGGCACUCAAGCAGAAACAGCAGAUCCAGAGACAGAUCCUCAUAGCUGAGUUCCAGCGGCAGCACGAGCAGCUCUCCCGGCAGCAUGAGGCCCAGCUGCAUGAGCACAUCAAACAGCAGCAGGAGAUGCUGGCCAUGAAGCAUCAGCAGGAGCUGCUGGAGCACCAGAGGAAGUUGGAGCAGCACCGACAGGAACAGGAGCUGGAGAAGCAGCACCGAGAGCAGAAACUUCAGCAGCUAAAAAACAAAGAGAAAGGAAAAGAGAGUGCAGUGGCAAGCACAGAAGUCAAGAUGAAAUUACAAGAAUUUGUCUUAAAUAAGAAGAAAGCCUUGGCACACCGGAAUCUCAACCACUGUAUAUCCAGUGACCCUCGCUUCUGGUAUGGGAAGACCCAGCACAGCUCUUUGGACCAGAGCUCCCCACCCCAAAGUGGCGUAUCCGGCACCUACAAUCACCCUGUACUGGGGAUGUAUGAUUCCAAAGAUGACUUCCCACUCAGAAAAACAGCAUCUGAACCCAACCUGAAGUUACGAUCCAGACUAAAGCAGAAAGUUGCUGAAAGACGGAGCAGCCCCCUCUUGCGCAGAAAAGAUGGUCCGGUGGUUACCGCUCUGAAGAAGCGCCCACUGGAUGUCACAGACUCUGCAUGCAACAGUGCUCCUGGAUCUGGUCCCAGCUCUCCAAACAACAGCUCCAAUAACAUAAGCACCGAGAAUGGAAUUGCAGGAUCAGUCACGAGUAUUCAAGCAGAGACCAGCCUGGCUCACAGACUUGUGAAUCGUGAAGGCUCCGUUACGCAGCUUCCACUCUACACAUCUCCUUCUUUGCCCAACAUCACGCUAGGACUGCCUGCAACUGGCCCUUCCAGUGGAGGAUCAGCGCAGCAAGAUGCAGAGAGACUUACUAUCCCAACCUUACAGCAGCGGAUCUCUUUAUUUCCUGGCACUCACCUCACUCCCUACUUGAGCACUACAACGUUGGAAAGAGAUGGGGGAACUGCACAUAACCCUCUUCUGCAACACAUGGUCUUACUGGAACAGCCAGCUGCACAAACUCCCUUAGUCACAGACUGGUAUCUUUCAGGACUGCCCCUCCAUGCACAGUCUCUGGUUGGUGGAGAACGGGUCUCCCCUUCAAUACACAAACUCCGGCAGCAUCGCCCACUGGGGCGCACGCAGUCUGCUCCCCUUCCCCAGAACGCCCAGGCCCUCCAGCAGUUAGUGAUCCAGCAGCAGCACCAGCAGUUCUUGGAGAAACACAAACAGCAAUUCCAGCAACAGCAACUGCACAUCAACAAGAUUAUAUCAAAACCCAACGAACCAGCUCGCCAGCAUGAAAGCCACCCUGAGGAGACAGAAGAAGAGUUACGGGAACACCAAGCCCUUUUGGAGGAGCCAUACAGUGACAGAGUUGCAAGCCAAAAGGAGGCCCCAGGCUUGGCCAACAUGGUGCAAGUGAAGCAGGAACCCAUCGAGAGUGAUGAGGAGGAAGCAGAGCCGCAGCAGGAGCUGGAGUCUGGGCAGAGGCAGGCUGAGCAGGAGCUGCUCUUCCGUCAGCAAGCCCUUCUGUUGGAGCAGCAACGGAUCCACCAGCUGAGGAACUACCAGGCAUCGCUGGAGGCAGCCGGCAUGCCUGUCUCCUUCGGAGGCCAUCGGCCCCUGUCCCGUGCCCAGUCCUCGCCCGCCUCGGCCACCUUCCCGAUGUCGGUACAGGAGCCACCCACUAAGCCAAGAUUCACAACAGGCCUUGUAUAUGACACCUUGAUGCUGAAACACCAGUGUACCUGUGGAAACACCAACAGCCACCCAGAGCACGCGGGGCGGAUCCAGAGCAUCUGGUCCCGACUCCAGGAGACGGGUCUUCGUGGCAAGUGUGAGUGCAUUCGUGGAAGAAAAGCAACUCUAGAAGAGCUGCAGACAGUCCACUCUGAAGCCCAUACGCUGCUGUACGGCACAAACCCGCUGAACAGACAGAAACUGGACAGCAAGAAACUUCUAGGUUCCCUAACAUCGAUGUUUGUCAGGCUUCCUUGCGGUGGUGUCGGGGUUGACAGUGACACCAUUUGGAAUGAAGUUCACUCGUCUGGUGCCGCUCGCCUGGCCGUGGGCUGUGUCAUUGAGCUCGUUUCCAAAGUAGCCACAGGAGAACUGAAGAAUGGAUUUGCUGUUGUUCGGCCUCCGGGUCACCAUGCAGAAGAGAGCACACCCAUGGGGUUCUGCUAUUUUAACUCCGUGGCAAUCGCAGCCAAGCUGCUCCAGCAAAGACUGAACGUUAGCAAAAUCCUUAUAGUGGACUGGGAUGUUCACCAUGGGAACGGUACUCAGCAAGCUUUCUACAAUGAUCCUAAUGUUCUUUAUAUUUCACUACAUCGCUAUGAUGAUGGGAACUUCUUUCCAGGCAGUGGUGCUCCCGAUGAGGUUGGCACAGGAGCAGGAGUUGGUUUCAACGUUAACAUGGCCUUUACUGGUGGCCUUGAUCCACCGAUGGGAGACACAGAAUACUUAACUGCUUUCAGAACGGUAGUAAUGCCCAUUGCCAAUGAAUUUGCCCCAGAUGUUGUGCUGGUGUCAUCUGGUUUUGAUGCGGUGGAAGGCCAUCCCACACCUCUUGGAGGAUAUAAUCUAUCAGCAAAAUGCUUUGGGUACCUGACGAAGCAGCUGAUGGGCCUGGCUGGGGGGCGCGUUGUCCUGGCCCUUGAAGGAGGCCACGACCUGACGGCUAUUUGUGAUGCCUCAGAAGCUUGUGUUUCUGCUUUGCUGGGAAACGAGCUCGACCCUCUCCCAGAAAAGGUUUUCCAGCAGAGAGCAAAUGCUAAUGCCGUGCAUUCAAUGGAGAAAGUAAUCGAGAUACACAGCAAGUAUUGGCAUUCACUCCAGCGUUACGCCUCCACGGUGGGGUACUCCCUGGUUGAGGCUCAGAAGUGUGAGAACGAGGAGGCAGAGACAGUAACAGCCAUGGCAUCUCUGUCAGUAGGCGUGAAGCCGGCUGAGAAGAGACCCGAUGAUGAACCCAUGGAAGAGGAACCUCCCCUGUAGCAUUCACCUUCUAGCUGGAGUUCUCCUGUUUGUUCGUCUUCUGUCUUGAAGCUCUGCCAAGAGGCUUUUCUCUUGUUACUCCUGCGUCCUGUCAUGGUUUUCUCCAGAAUACAGAAGGACAACCAGGUGUAAAACAAAGCAACCGAAAAAAUCUCUCCAUAUCUAUAUGCGUCUACAGUAUCUAUUUGCUGAAACAGAAAAAUGCUGGUGAAGAGCAGUAAAGGACUGACACUGGGCACUUUUCCUCUGGUCCUCACUGGGAGCAGAAAGAGGAAUAACGCCCAUGAAGUCUUUGGCAGAGUUGCCAUAAGAAAAAAGAGAUAAGAAACAUAAAAUCAAAGCAAAGAUUCAACACCACAUCCGAAAAGAAAACAAACCUUUACAGUAAAACUGGUGCUUUACAAGUUGAUCACCCACGAUUCAGCAAUCUCCGCUUGAACCACUCGAACCCAUCGUGUAGUUUCAUUUCUUGGAUUUUUGAAAUGGCUCUUGCCUGCCUGUGAGUCAACGACGUGCUUGUCGAAAGCAGAACAAUGGGAGAUGGUGUAUUUUUAACGGGGAGGGACAGGGAAAGAGGGACUCAUCUUACAUCGAAAGGAAAGGGAAAGAGAAAGGGGGGAAAUGGUAGCCCAGAUGGAGUCGGCUUUAUGUCUCCAAAGCCAUCUGAAGAUGAGUUUGUGCCUUUUUUUUUUAAUUGAUGGAUAUGGUGCAGCUGGAUUUUCUGAAGUUUGAGGAACAAUGCCUUAAGUAAAACAAACACACACAAAAAAACACUCACAAAGAACUCACAGCAGUUCAUGAAUCGUUGUUUUUUUCCUCUGGUUGGGAAAGCCAAGAACUGCCAUCAGGAAAGACGACUUUUUGGCUUGUGCUGGCAUGGUGGUGGGAAGCAGGCAUCAACUGAACAGAGCGUCUCCAAAAACUCUCUCCAAGUUUGGAUUUGUUUUGGUUUCUUUCAUUGCUGUUUCAAAAAAAAAGAAAAAAAGGAUAAAAAAGAGAAAAAAAGAGGAAAAAAAAAAAAUUAAGGUAGUUGCCAAAAAAGUGGCAAAUACUGUUGGGUCUUUGAAAUUCAGCCAUUUUUAAACCCAAUUUUCCAAUGUUUUCUCUCUUCUACAUUCUCUCUGAAUUGAACUUCUCAAUUUGGUUGUUGAAGCAUGUAUUAGACACAACUGCAGGAUUUAAGACUGGAAUGCUUUUUAUGAAAAGCAACUAGCAUGAGAUAUUGCUUAAAUUUUUAGGUAUAACUAUAUCUAUGUGUAUAAUGUAUAUUCCAAAUGUAUUCCAAGCUUAGAAAACCGGAUUCUUACGGAGAAAAAAUAUUUAUGAUGCAUUUAUAGAAAACUACGUUUAAUAAAUGCAUACUAUAACAGUAGCCAUUGGAAGCUCCCUAGAGAAAGCUUUGUGAAUUGGAACGUAAAAGGUGCUUUUGGAAAAGGAUCCAGGUUGAAACUCGAGGACUUUUGAGAUGACAAGUUGGGAAGUGUUUCAGAAAGCCAACACGUUAAGCCACUGGGCAACUACCCUAAACAUUUGUAUUUUAAUUUAAGGUUUUUAGUUGUGAUCCUUUUCUAUCAAAAAAAAAAAAAAAAAAAAAAGAGAGGAAAAAAAAAGAGUUUUUUAUAGCAAAGACUAUGAAUUUGAUGUUAAUUUUUAUAUCAAAACCCUCCAGAAGCCUUGUUUGUGUGACUCUGACAUUUACUUUCCAUUUGGCAGGUUUCGUUUCCGAAUGGCAAUAGCAUCUAAACCCCUUUUUUUUCUCCCACUUUUCUCGCUUCCACAUUAUUUUUCCUUGUUUAUUUUCCUUUUGGUUUGUCUUUUUCUUGAGUCUUUUGGACAGUGAGCAGCUUUCUGCAGGCGUAAGGAACCGUGGCAGAGGUUUAUUUUCCGCAACGGGUGCGUUUUAACAAGGAAGAGGGAACCGGGAUGGGCUCUUUUGUAUAAUGAUACCGCCGACUGUAUAUUUCCUCAGUUCUGUUAUAGUAGCUAUGUAAAGAAAAUAAGAGUUUUUCUUACCUUCAACAUAGUAGUGUUCCCAUGAGUGAUGUCUUUGUCCUCCACGUGGAUCGGAGCCAGGAUUACAGGCAGCUCCAGGUGCUGCCUACCAUUGGGAAAGGCUUGUGGGACACUCAUGGGACGGCUGGCAUUUUCUCUCCGCCGGACAGACGGACACGCAGACAUGCACGCACACCUCCCCGUGUCCUCUUUCUCUCUCUCUUUUUCUCUCCUCUUCUUCUUCCCAUAGCUGGUAGGGUUGGAGAACUUCUCCUGAAGGUAUUUUUGCCCCCCUCCCCUUUCCUGCAGACAGGAAGGGGAGAAGCAGCAAAGCCCUGCCGCGAAGAGUUGGAGCAGCUUAGAGGAGUCCGGAUUGACACGCGUGCCUUCUUACAGCAGUGUAGGAUAGCACACACCCCUCCUCCCAACAACCAAGGGUAGCUUCUCUUUUUAAUUCUCAUUUGAUUCUGUUUCAAUGAUGACUGACAGGGUCGCUUCCAGUAACUUCCUUCCUUCCAGUUCUCGAAGCAGCCACUUUCAUUCCAUUCAGGACUCGCUCGCGGGAGGAAUUGGAAGCAUUGUGAGCAAAUGCAAGAGGCUUUUGUUUUCUUCCUUGGUUUAUAAUGCAAUUUACAAACCAGACACUACUGUAUUUGAGGUUUGCAAACCCAAGUACGUGUUCGAGUUAUGAAUAGCUUCGGUCAUGUAGGACCAUCCUCAGCGUAGUCUAAAAGUAAUCUUCCUGUGUCAAAACAAGAUGUACCUGGAGAUGUUGUGGUUUUGGGGGUUUGUUUCUUUCAACUGACCACUUUGCUGCUGUGAUCUAAGAUGAACCUGACUGCCGAAUCUGGUGAACUGACUUUUAACUUCUCCUUUCGCCGUGUACACGCUGUGGGCAGUAACAACCAUGUUUUUACACCAUCGUUUCUCUUGUCAGCUCUUCCCUGGAGGGGUUUUUUGUAGUUUCUCCUCUUGGUUGUGGCAAAGCUGUUGCUUUUCUUUCUGUGUUUUCCGAGAGCCGCCUGCUGACCAUGCUGAGCCGGUUUCUUUAUGAGAAUCAGAGGAGCUUGUCAGGAUCAUUUCUUUCCAUCGUUUCACUCAGCUUUUGGCCAGGGAUGGAAAGAUUUUCCCCCCUUCCCCAAGACAUCAAAGCUCAUCUCCUCCUAACUCCCACCUACGUGAAUUUGUUCUGCAGCGGUGCCCGCUCCCCACGCGAGGGGGGAUGCUCCUCAGGGCCAGCGCAGGCUCAGAGAAGGGGAGGGAAGAGCCCUUGUUUUGAGGUUUAUUCACCUUUUGAGCCAUUAGCUUCUUCAUUUCAGAUGACUUUGCUGUGGUGGGAGCCCGGGGUGCUCCUGCAUCCCAGCACGGUGCUGCCCACAGUGCAUCCUUUGUACCUGCUUGGAAAGAAAGGAGCAUCUUUAAAUCCUCUUUACAGAGAAGCAAGGCCCAGUUUGCAGUAUACAAGUAAUCAUUGGGGUUGGGGUUUUUUUUGAGGGGGGGAUUUGUGUUUUGUUUUUUACUUUCAAUACAAAACAUUCCUUUUUUUAGUAGUCACAGCCAUGUAUUCAUUCCAUUCUUCCUUUUGUAAACUUUUUUGGGCCCACGUCUUUUACGGGCAUUGCUAUAUAUAAAUAUAUAGAUAAAUAUAUAUAUGAAUCUAUUUUUUUAAGUUUCCUACACCUCGAGGUUGCAUGGUCUGUAAGGUUGGCAUGUCUUUAUAUUGUACCCAGAUUUUGCACGCCAAACUUGGCAGCUUUGAGAAAUGAGAAAAGGAUAAAAAACUUGUGGUUUUGGGGGUUGUUUUUUUGGGUUGGUUUUCUUUUAUUUUACUAUUUUGGGGGGGAGGGGUGUUAUUUUUUUUCCUCUCGUGGCAUUUGCGGAGACGAAAGGUUGGGAUGUUGUUGUCACACACACACACAUAUGCACCCACACAGCUACACGCGAAGGAAGGAGAGUGGGAAAGGGUUUUUUUGCGUCUUACUGAACUUAAAUAAGAAAUUGUGCUUUUUAUUGUUAAAAAUACAAAAGAAAAAAAGGAAAAAAAAAAAGAUAAAAGGACUACUUAAACAUUUCUCAUUUUAAGAAAGAAAAAAAAAGAAAAGAUGUUUAUCUAGCACUUGUAACUUACCAAUAAUAGAGUUUAUUGUAUUUAUGUGGAAACAGUGUUUUUAGGGCAACUACGCAGAACACACCAAGUAAAACUGCCUGUGUCAUUUGGGGGUUUUUCUUUUCUCCUUUUCGUUUGGGUUGGGAGGUUUGCUUUGCUUUCUCGGCUGGGUGGGGAGGUUGGAUGCAACCCUUUGGCAACAGCUAAGAGUCAUUCAUUCCGAGGAGGUGAAUGAGGAGGACUUUCAAGAGUUAACUCUUCAGCACAGCUGCGUGAACUUUUCUAAGCUUCCUUUUCCAUGAUGUAUUCUUGCUCGGUUUCACUUUAAGCAGUCGUGUACUGUGCAACACUGUGGUUUAAAAACGAGACUUUACAGCGAAAGGAAAACGUGUUUCUUCAUUGUCACGAAGUGGGGCUCGUUCUCAGCCCGCUCUUCGCUUUGUCUUUGAUAUUGAUGAAAAGAAGUAUCCUAUUGAAAGAAAAAAAUAAAUUAACACUUUUCUGUGCUCCAUAGUGGAGGCGCUAUUUUCCAAUUUAUGAGGAUGACAAACUUAUAUAUAUAAUAUAUAUAUAAAAAGUGGGGCGGAGGGGGCGGGGGGGGAAGGGGUUGAAACAUUAUUCACCCGAGAGCUUAUUACAGAUAUGUAGUAUCAAAAAGUUGUAACUAUAUUCUAUUCUACUUUAUACCUAUACAUGCUCAGUAUGACGUCACCAUUGGUAGCAGCUACCGGUUUACGCUGUAAUUUAGACACAGUUUCACUCUUAGAUUGUAUGGACCCUACUUUAAGUGAUGGUAGCAUUCCUCGUGCUAAGUUUUCUGAUGGUCCUUUCUUUUCCUUGAUGGAGUUUUGGAAUAUUUUUCUCCUUGUUUUUGUUUGGAUUUGUUGUUUUGGGUUUUUUUUUUUUAUUAUUAUUAUUUUGCCUUUUUUUUUUUCUUUUUAGGGUUCUUUUUUUCCCCUCUCUUUUCUUUUUCUCUUUCUUUAUGUUUUUAACUGGCCAAUGGUGUCUUUCUCUGACAGUACCGACUUCGAUUUCAACUUUAUUAGGAGUCCAGUAUUUUGUACCACAUUAUGACAACUUGUUAUUCUUGUGGUGUAAAUAAAAAGACAAAGUUAAUUAUAGUACCA